AAUGGAUUCAGUUACAUUUGUGUCUCCUGCUACUGUACGUGCUCUCCUCGUACCCGUCGAUGAACUAAGCCAGUCUGACUUCGAAAAAAUACUCGAAACUCUGAAGAGGGUGAAGGACGUUAGAGCAGUAGACUUAAUACACAAUCCAGGAAAAUUUAAUCCUCAAGCAUACCCUCAGGGCCACCUUUACUACAAUUUCAUCACCCGAGAUGAUGAUCAAGAAUCUCUCUUUUUGCACGAUUUUGAACCGUUCAGGAAAACAGCAAUUGUGAUAGGUAUAUUGAAGUGGCAUGCCGAUCUCACGGAUGACAGAAUACGAAGUCUGAAAAGUACAUUGAAAAAGGCAUAUCCAGCCCCAAUUAGCCAGUUCUUGAUGAUUUUCGACAGUCCGAAAACGUACAGUUCAAAACUAAGCGAGGUCUAUACAGUUGAUCACGAUACGGCAAAUAUGGAGACUGAAAUAUGUGAUAUAACGUCCAGAUUUUUGAGCAACUUUUCCACUUAUGCAUCAGCUUAUGAACAUACUACAUUGCGAUCUCCUGGCAAUCUAGAUGGCUCGAUCGGUAGGGCUAAGAAGAAAAUUGCCAGCUCUUUUGAGCUAAACUCUGAGAAGGUAAAGCAGAUGAGCGCAAAAGGAAGGAAGCUGAAACUCAGUGCUAACUUCUACCUUAUGGCUGGGAACCUGAAAAGUGCACUGUCGGAUCUAUGCGAGGCCAUCUUCAAUCUCAAACUUGCAAAUGACCUUCUUUGGCUAGCUUCUGCAUUGGAUGCACUGGCUGUUUGCAUUUUUUUACUAUCAUCGAUUGGAGCUCCCUACCAAUUACCUUCAUUCAUUGAGUCCCUUUUGUUGAAGGCAAAAGACAUAGACAGCAUUUUUUUGUCGCCAAAUAGUUCCCCUAGAGCCUCCUUACAACUGAAUGGUUUAGGCCAUGAUUCCUCCUCUACUCUGAACUUACCUGUUGUUCCACUUGAAACUGUGGAGAAAACGAUUUUCAACUGUGGUAGACUAUCAUCUGCUUUCUACGAGCAAGCAAAACUAGCACAUACAGACUAUGUCCCACAAAUAGCCGUGUCUGAAAGCUUGCUCAGAUAUGCUUCUCUUUUGGUUUCCAUAGAUGCAAAGGGUAGCUUCGAUCUAGAUUUAAUCCAUGAAAUCCUGUUUUCUUCUUCAACGAACACAAAUCGAAAGACAUCUAAGAACUUCGAUUUGGAACAUUUCAAUAGUCUUUGCUCCCAUGUUUUGGAUUCAGGUUUUAGACAUCUUUCCUUAACCCAACAAUCCCAGAUAUUUUUCACUCUCAUUUCCUUAUACUCCAAAACUAAUAUGCAAAUGAAAAAAUGUUUGAUGAUAAAAAAUUUCUUAGACCGGAUUAUUGAAUCAAAGCACGUCAUAUCCAUAAACAGAUUUGAGUACAAAGAAUUGAAUGCAAUGCUAAAUCAGUAUUGCGAGAAUUACGGAAUAAAAGUGAAAAACUCCGCUUACGUUGGAUUCACAAACCAUUUACAGAAGAAGCUUUUGUUCCAGUUACUUUCUUUCUGUACAAAAAUUAAGCACUAUGAGGGCUACACCUAUUACGGAUCUAUUUUACUGAAGCAUUUUCGUCAAAUUUUGACAGAAAAGGAGCAAAUGGAUGUUCAUCAGAAAAUUGGUGAGUUCUGCUCUUUAACAGGCGCUACACCUGACUACUGGGACCAGAACUUAUUUUUGGAUUUUGAGUUUGAUACUGCUGCAGAUAAUAUAGUAGAAGGAGAAGAGACUGGUGCUCAUAUCAUUCUACGAAACGCUUUUGCUUUUGAGGUGGAAGUGAGAGAAUUAUCACUAUACACAGAAAAUAAUUUUCCAUUAAAAUUGGUUACUAUGGACACUAAAAAGUAUACGGAGCCAAUCACAGAAUUUCCUUCAAUUUUUCUGAAACCGCUUUCCGAAAUUUCUAUUUCUUUAGCAAUCAUACCUGAACAACAUGGGAAAGUUGCAAUCAAGGGGAUAAUUGCAUCGAUUGAUAUCUGUAAAAAACAGACAUUUGUGUCCAAAACUCACAUUCCGAAAUCUUUUCCACCUAAGCUGAAUAAAUUAAGCGAUAAAAAUCAAACCGAUUUGGUGAGGACAUGGGAAAUCUCUGUUGUUUAUAAGCAGCCUUUAUUGAAGCUUAUGGAUGUAAAACUCUCUGAUAAAUGGUUAAUGCUUUUGGACGGCGAAAGAAAACAAUUCAAGGUGGUUUUGAAAAAUGCCUCUAAUACCGAAAUUAAUCAUUUGAUAUCCAAGUUCAAGGAUUCCACCACUGAUAGACUGAAUGCAGAGCUUAAUAACAAAGCCUUACAACCCAAUGAAGUUUAUGAGAUUGAAUACCAACUAUUGAUGAUGAAGCCAUUCAAAAUUUUAAAUAAAAAUGAACUUGCACAGAUUAAAGGUAAUGAGUCUUUUCAUUUGGAAGUUGAGAUACGAGGAAAACUUGGUGUUAAUGAAGCAAAUUUAGUUCUUGAAUAUUCUCAUCAAAAAGACACAGCUUCGGAGUUCAAAAGGAGUCUCACUAUACCUGUGAAUCUAACUGUUUAUCCUAGUGUUGAACUUGCAGGAUGUGAUAUCAUUUCUUUGACUUCUAAUACCAAGAUAAGUGAAUGGAAUGAGGAUCCAUGUUGGGAAUAUUUGAGACAGAUGAAGGAGCAAAAUUACAAACUCUCUCAUUUUUGUUUACUCGCAUUAGAUUUUGUGAACAUGUGGUCAGAGGAGAUGGAGAUAUGUAUUGAGUGCAACCCUCAGAAUGACAAAGAAGGUGAGAUAAACGGUUCAAUGAAUUCUGUGGGUAAGACUGUCGAAGGUAAGUUCUCCGUUACUUCCCAACUGCAAAGCCGGAAAAACAUAAGGAUGUUCAUACCCCUGUUGAGAAUGGACUUUGACGAAGAAUAUCUCAAUCAACGAAUCCCAAGCUUGAGAAAUAAACAGUUCGUAGUAGAUAAGAAAACCCCUCAAGCUGAACAGGAGUUUAUCAAACAUGCCUUUUGGUAUAAGGAGGAAAUCCUAAAGCGUGUGAGUGCUACUUGGAAAGUUUCAUCAACAAGCUCAAGCUCAAGCUCCAUCCAUGCGGGUAAAACGGGAACCAUCGAUCUAAGAAGUUUUAGAUUUUCUUCCAAAAUGAUUGAGGUACUGGAAGUUGAGAAGAUAGGAAUUUUGUUAACUUUAUUAGACCAGGAAAAUCAACCUGUUGAUCUCAAUAAUGCCAAUCUCAACAGGUUUUACACAGUCCGCCUCCAGUUGACCAACAGGAACAAGCAUUUAAUUUUUGGCAUCAUCAGGCACAUACCUGUGUGCAAAGAUCCCCCUUAUACUUUUGAGAAAAAGAUCCUAAUCAACGGUGUCUUACAAUACAGCGUAGAAACUCCACUUAAGCCGGGAGAAUCAAGAACCUAUGAUUUAGGAAUUGUAUUUCUGGAGAAGGGAGAAUGCGAAUGGGGUGCCCUUUUUGACGAAGUGGAGGGAUGGGAAGAAGGAGAUAUCAACAUAAAAAAACAGCAUCUUCAGAGAGAACAACUUAAGGUCAAGAUACACUAAAAUGGAAACCCCAGUAUUUAUUUUCCCACACUUGUAUAGACUUUAUAGCUGUUUUGUAUGUAUCACUACUACUAAUUACAUCAACAACAUUUACGCACCGG